AUGAAUGACUUAUCAAAUGAAUUUAAUGGAAUUCAAAUCCCACCAGAAACUCAUCUGCCAACGCUUGAGUUCUCGGAACAAUAUAUCCCUUCAGUGCUACAGUCAUGGCAAACGUGUGAUACAAGACCUACAUCCUACAGCAAAGCUGUGUCGUUAUCGCCAAAUGAAGGUGAAACAUCAUCGUCGACUUCGCCAUCUCCUCGUUCUGAAUACUAUCGCUUGAUGUACGCGUGUUUGCAGGAGAAAUUUGAUUACGUUCAAGCUAGCACUGAUCGAUUGCGGGAUCGCCUGUACCAUGUAAAGAAGGAGGUGACGUAUCUAAAGCGAAUGAAACGCGUUCUAAUUCGUCGGCUUGCUCGAUACGGAGAAUCGUAUUCGUACGCUCCGCUUGAAAUACCCGAUAAUGUAGAUAUCGAGGAUCCGGUUGUUAAGAAGCGGAAAGAACGUAGGGAAAGAGAAAGAGAAAGAAAGGAAGCACAGAGAGCGGCUAGAAAAGCACAACAGACAUCUGUUGAUGAAAAGACUCAUAACACGGAACAAACGUCUGUGAACAAUCCAAUACAACCUGGCACUGUUGAUCAUGAUCACUCUACUACUGGUCAAGAACCAUCUACUUCUCAGUCUUCUUGA